ACUCCUUACUAUAUAUAUAUUCAUACCUUCAAGAUUCAUCUACACCGAUCAGAACUUAUCAAUCAAGAAAAAGAAAAAAAUGUCUAGCACUAAUUCCCAAGUUAUUCGAUGCAAAGCUGCGGUGGCGUGGGAGGCCGGAAAGCCUUUGGUGAUCGAGGAAGUUGAGGUGGCGCCGCCGCAGAAAAUGGAAGUCCGUGUCAAGAUUCUGUUCACCUCCCUUUGCCACACUGAUGUCUAUUUCUGGGAGGCCAAGGGACAGACACCUCUGUUUCCUCGAAUCUUUGGGCACGAAGCCGGAGGAAUUGUGGAGAGUGUAGGUGAAGGUGUGACCGAGGUCGCGCCAGGGGACCACGUCCUCCCCGUCUUCACGGGCGAGUGCAAGGAGUGUCGUCACUGCAAGUCAGCCGAGAGCAACAUGUGUGACCUCCUCCGGAUAAACACGGACAGGGGAGUGAUGAUCGGGGAUGGGAAGUCGAGGUUCUCCAAAGACGGGAAGCCUAUAUACCACUUUGUUGGAACCUCGACCUUUAGUGAGUACACGGUCGUCCACGUUGGUUGCCUCGCGAAGAUCAACCCGGCCGCCCCCCUGGAUAUAGUUUGUGUCCUCAGCUGUGGCAUUUCCACAGGACUUGGUGCGGCUCUGAAUGUCGCCAAACCGACAAAAGGCUCGACCGUUGCUAUAUUCGGGUUGGGUGCAGUUGGCCUUGCCGCUGCUGAAGGGGCUCGGAUAGCUGGCGCUUCAAGGAUCAUCGGUGUUGAUCUGAACGCGAACCGUUUCAACGAAGCGAAGAAAUUUGGUGUCACCGAAUUCGUGAAUCCAAAAGAUCAUGACAAGCCUAUUCAGGAGGUCCUGAUCGGGAUGACCGAUGGUGGAGUCGACCGUAGCAUAGAGUGCACGGGGAACGUUAGCGCGAUGAUAUCCGCGUUUGAAUGUGUUCAUGAUGGUUGGGGCGUGGCCGUGCUGGUCGGGGUUCCUAACAAAGACGACGCCUUCAAAACGCAUCCUAUGAAUUUGCUGAAUGAGAGGACUCUGAAAGGGACAUUUUUUGGCAAUUACAAGCCCCGCACGGAUAUUCCGGUAGUCGUUGAACGUUAUAAGGAGAUGGGGCUCGAGCUGGACAAGUUCAUCACCCACCGCGUCCCCUUCUCGGAGAUCAACAAGGCCUUCGACUAUAUGCUCCGAGGCGAAUCGAUCCGCUGCAUCAUCACCAUGGACGAUUGAUCGAGCUUCGAAUAUCAAUAAAUUAAAUAAACAAUG